CCCUGUAUUAUAACCCAUUUCCGAUAUUUUUUUAUUUUCUAUAUCAAGAAGUGGUUUCUAAUCCUCACUUGUGUAAUCAAGUAUGGAGCGUAUGGGACAGCGUGUUCAACAUGUGGUCAUAUCGUGGGUGGAAAUAAGGUUACAUAAAAUAACCGACGUGACGUUCAUUGAUACAAAGUUGCAUGUUGAAAUUUAAAUGUGUUAAUUACGCAGUUAAAAGGAGAACCUGCAAUCGCUGUUGCCGCCGUUGUCGGGAGCACCACGAGUUAUCUCAAACUAUGGUCAAAUUGACAACUUACGUUUAAAUUAACAGCAGCACCACGAUUAACGAUUUGCAGCUAAAAUAGGCUCACAUUUCAUAACCCCAAGAUGCUUUAGCAAUAUGACUACGUAUUUCAAUUACAGUUAGACGAAAUAUAAUCUGCGCGCUUUGUCCAAUAAAGAAUGAAGAUUUGUAAAACGAAGCAUAGAACACUGAUCCACUUGAUAUAUUUGGAAUGGACUAUAAUACUAUCUUGUCGAAAUUCAAACUUCAACCAACGGUCUGCUUGGCAAAAGUUUUUAAAAGUUUACUUUCAGUGAUUUCAUUGAUAAUAUUUACUGAAGUGGCCAAUUUAGUGAAUGUGAAAAGAUAUGUUUUCGUAGAAACCCUGUCAGGGUUACUGAAUAAAACUAUGGCUCUGUGGAACAAGAUAUCCUCAGGAUUUGAUACUGAAGAUGAAACUGUCAAUUUUGGAGUCAGCCGAACCGUGGCAGAGAGUUUUGAUUCUGUUUACGAAACAACUACCCUUGCCACUAUCGAAGCAGACAGCGAGGUCCUCGAGAACCCAAAGGUUAUUGCAUCUAUACAGAACUCUACACUAUGCGUAGUGGUAGAUAAGUCGAUUACUGUAUUUAAUAGUACUACAAGCCAAGGAAUGAGAGUGUGUAUCGGGUUUGAUACUAUAAUAACAUCUUUUUGUCUCUCGAAGGACUUGUCCUUUUUGUUCGUCACUUCAACUGACGGAACUCUGUAUUGUUUGAAUCUGGAAGCUGAUGGGCGAUUGGUUUUCUUCAGGCAUGUUAUUCAGGAUCACCACAAGCCAGAUGAAGUUAUAUUGAACAUUUUCUUGGAAGACAGUUUCAACGAUGUCCCAGAUUUAUUACUCGUUACUUCAAAAGGACGCAUUUACAGAUUAUCAGGAUUCACUGAGGAAGUUAUGGAUUCCGUGCUUGAUGUGGAUGAUGUUACACAGCUUGAAGAACUUACACUGACCGUUCAGUGUUCUCCAUUGUUCAGAGAAAACAAUCCUCAAGAAGUCAUAUUUAGCAAAAUUGGUGCUUUGGAUGAAAAACAAUCUAUAGUUAUGAUUCGUAACAAUCUGUUAUCCAUUUGGCCAAGCGGGCGUUCUUGUUCAUUGAAUGCUUUACCCUACAAAUAUGUCAAAGUACAAUGUUUUAAACAUACUAGAUUAUUACUAUGUCUACGUACAGACGGAGCUAUAAAUGUUGUUUGUUCUUCAACGCUUCUUGCAAAAAAAGUUUGGGAUGGACGUGCUUCAGACAUAGAAAUUAUGGAAGACCAGCCCGAUUGCCCGAUUCGAAUUCUUAUUCUCUUAGUGGCAGAAUCAGGUAGUGCAACUACAUUUAUGCAGCUUGUUUCGUUUCCUGGUUUUGAAGUUAAAUUCAAUCUCGAAGUUCCAACAAUGACCUAUUUGGUCAGCUUGGAUACCAGUUCUAUGGAUGAAAUAGUAUUUUUAGAAGGAGCCAGCAAGACUUCAUCAGUUAUCGACACCAUUAAAGUAAAAGUAGUGGAAGAUAAAUUGCCGGAAUUUCGAAUGCAGAGAUUAUUGAAACGUGGCCAAUAUCAUGAGGCUGAAAGUUUUGCCAAGAGGUUUCACCUGAGUUUGAAUGCGAUUCACUGUGCCAGGGCCACUGUACUUUCACAGCAGUUAUAUUCUGUCACAGACUACAGUGAGACGACAAACGUAUUGAAUGCAUUGUUCAAUACUCUUGAUAAAAUUGAAAACGUUGAAGAUAUUUUUAAAUAUUGUCAUAACACCAUCACUUCUGACAUUGAACAUGCCAAGCAGCUGGUCUCGUAUGCACAACAUCGUUUGAUGAAAAAUGCAGCAGAGAAAAAAAGUGAUGUUCUGAUAGCCACAUACCUGUUUAUCCUGAACAGUACCUUACUCAGAAUUGAAACUUAUGAAAUGAUUCAUCAAACUAGGGAAAAUACUAUGACGUAUAACGAGGAUAUUGGCAGUUGGGCCCAGUUUUUUAAAGCAGAUUUAUUUAAUAUGUGUAAAAGUUAUCUCAUGAAUAGUGAAUUGAAAGUUGCAGCUCUGAUAUGGGUACGACAUUGCUCCACUUUAGCGGAAUUUAUGACCACAGAAGUCGUUAGAGACAUGUUGGAGAUUAUUCCAGAUGGACUGGUCCAGCAUGACUUAUGGCCAUGGCUGCUUCACUUUGUGCCUUCCGUUCUAUCCGUUUUUCCCGAUGGUUUGUCAGAAAUAGUUACAUGGGGAUACAAACGGGCGAAAUUAUUUGAAAAAUAUGAUCCAAAUAACUGGCCAAGGAAUGGACUCAAUUUCUGCAAAAGCUUUAUAAAGCUGCUUAAUCUUGAUGAAUCUCAAUCAUUUUCACUUUUACAUCAACAAUACACGACUGAACAUUCACCAUUACAACAUCUAGCUGAUAUUAUUCAAGCCUUGACCGAUUUGAUGGAACUCAAAAAGAAUCACAGAUUGAUUGUAGAAAUCAAAGCAUAUAUGGGAGAGCCCAUAGAAGUAGCACAUUUGCUGUUAAGCAAGGUAUAUCCCCAAGAAGUUGGUCAUUUUGUCGAAAGCUUUCUACAUCAAUACAUGCUUAAUCAUUCGUUAAAGAAUGAUUAUGUAUUGAUACUCUAUAUUCAGAAAACACUGAAAUCCACAAAGGAAUGGUGGUAUUGGCAAGAAGCCCCAUGGGAACAAAAGAUAGCUAGUGUUGUUGCUUGUAUACACAAUGUAGAGACCCGAUUGCAACAAGUUGUGGAUAUAUUGAAGAAAGCGUCUGUACCAUGGAGUCCUACAAUAUUGGCGUUAGUUGAUGCUAGCAGCUCCAUUAAGCAUUCCUUGGUUUCUACUAUAAGAAAUGAACGAAAUUCAGUUGCGUUAAAAGUGAUAUUAAAGAAAUAUGGCUAUCAACACAUAGGUGUCACAGAUAUAUUGCCCCAAUAUAUGGUAAAACAAAACCGUGAUGGAUGGCUUGAAGAUUUGUAUGAAGUGACAAAAAAUAAUCAUUCGUUCAAGACUAGAGCUUUUUCCUUCUGCGUCAAUUUCUUUCUGAACAAAGGUGAUCUGAUGCAAAUGAUGUAUGUACUGAAUAAUCUGCCUUGUGAUGAUGCAGCAUAUUGUUGCAACCAAGUUAUAAAUUACAUAAGCAUUUGUCUAAGAUUCCAGGAAAUGAACAAUAGUGCCGAUUAUUAUGCAGAAGUAAUAUCCUCAGUCCAAGACAAGUUGAGAAAUAUUCCAAUAUCCACACUAAAUUUUGAUAGAUUCAUGCGUGAGGAUAUCUUGAUCACUGCAUCUGAAUUAAAAUCUAUAUGUCUUCUGCGUAAAGAAUUUGGAUUGGUUGUAACCUUAACAGAAUAUCAGACUGAUCGUGAAAUUAUUCUAAAAAACUAUCUCGAACAGUUGUGCAAUGAUAAUAAAACAUUAUCUGGAUGGACCAUGUAUAAGAGAGCUGUGAGGAUAGCGGAUCUUUUACGGUUGCCACGAAUUUCAGCGAUAUGUUUGUUACUUGAGAUUAGCCGCAAUAUAGAAGUACUCAAGUUUUAUAUCGAAGCAGUGAAAGAGGUUGGUUCCUUCCCAGCAAACGAAUGUCAUUACGUGAAGAAAUUAUGCCAAAUUUUUAUAUUUGAUUUGAAAAUCGAAGAGUUGGGAAUAAUACACCAUCUGAAACACAUGUCCACAUCCGCUUUAGACAAUUGUACAAUUGGAGAACUGUCAGGGAUUUUACUAUCAACGGUCUGGAGUAAUAUGAGUUCCAACUUAACUAGCAAUCUAUACAUUGAUGGAACAGAAAUGAGAAAUGAAGUAGCUGAUAAACUGAAGUGGAGAUUAUACAAAAUCUAUACAGACUCUGCAAUGUGUUCUAACGAAAUGAUUUUACCGUUCUUCGUGGAAGCGUUUCAACUUUAUUCAUCCUAUAAAUGGCAGUAUACAGGCCCCAUUGUUAUGGUUGAGACAGGUUGCUCAGAUAGACUCAUUAGUCUAGUAAACAAAGUAAAAGCUAUCCCAAAGGAACGUUACAACCUCUUUUUACUUCAGAUUUUAAAUACUUUAAUAUCCCAUUGCUCUUCCAUAACCACUGUAAAAGAAGAAAUUGUCGUUGCUGUUAAACCAGUUCGAGACAACUGCUUGCGAACAUUACUGCACAGAAUAAUCAGUGCUCGUACAUUGGAUCUGCAGUCGGGUUUGUCUUGUCUUUACAUGUUUUCCGAGCAAGAGUCUCUCAAAUGGCUAACAUCAGCUUGCCAAACAUACCAAACAGAUUAUUCACGACUACGUGCAGUAGCAGAUCUUGGUUAUGAAUAUUGUCGCUUGUCAAAAAAUGACGUGCAUAUAAAUUACUUCACACACUUUCGAGUGCGUCAUUAUUGGGAACGAAAACUACAUGAUUAUGGUAUUCAUCAUAAAGAAAUAUUUACCAGUGAUACAAAGGGCAAGCAAUAUAUUUUAGAACGACUUAUGCGCUCUGAGAUACCGGGAUUUGUCAAUUUACUCAAGGAGUUCUGCGCUGAUUUUGAAUUCGACUUUGAUGAAUGCUACAUCUUGUAUCUUGAUGUGUUGUUGAAGCACUGGAAUCCUAAAGUAAAAGUGGUAGAAUCGAACGGCGAAAACGAAUUAAGAAUCAACGAGGAUGACAUUACUACGCUUCAAAAGAACUGCAAGCAAGUUGCUGCUAUGAUAGAAGACAAAUUGGCCAUGAAGAAUCAUCUUGCAACUUUAUGGCCGAAGAUUAAUUUUUAUCACUAUGAAGUGUUUCUUUUAAUCAUGGAAUUACUUGGGGACAAUAACGAGCAGCUAUUAAAUCACCUUUGUUUCUUACAAAACUAUUUUCGAUAUGGCCUCCCAACACAGAUAGAAUGUGAAGAAUGGGCCCAGCUGUGCUCAGAGAAUAAUUCUCUACCAACAAUAGCAAAAUGGAGAUUUCCUUUCCUGCCAAAAAUUGACCAGUGGAAAUUAAUAACACCAGAAUUGAAUUUAUCGACUUACAAAAAAUGGCUAGAAGUAGCUACAGAAGUGUAUCACAAGUCUGGGGCUUGA